GGAGGUUUCAGAUUGUGGGUUGGACUUGGGGGGGCGUGAAACACGGCUGCAGGCGCCUCGUGGGGUUCAGUGUGUAGGGUCCUUGUGGCUCAUUUGGCAAGGCAGGGGUACAGGUGUCUUUGUGUCCCUCACUGGCCCAAGAAUUCCUCUUUGUCUUCCUUGGAAAAUCCUCUCUGGAGCCACGAAUUGGCUCUCACUUAGAAAGAAUGCAGCCUGCCGUCCAGUCCGGUGACGUCAGCGCAGGAGUAUUUGGAAAACAAAGAGGGCUGGAGGGAUCUAGGGAGGUGGACCGGCGACGCUUAAAGACCUCUCCUGGAGGCGGACUACGCUCGCCAGCUCGUCCGUUGUGUACUGGCGUUUGUCGGAACUCCGAUCCUCCGAGGAUCGAGGCAGGGCGGGUCUUUUGGCCGGUGUGAUCUGAUUUGGACACUAGCAGUGGUUCCUUCGGCGAGCGCGAGCCCAGGCGAGGCAGGAGGUGCGCGCUUACCUGGCACGGUGGCUUUCAGAGGCACAGCGCGCUACCUCUGUAGAGGCGCACUGCUCUGGUGCUCUGGGUCCAGGCGCCUGCUGGCCAUUGUCUAGAAAGGUGUGCAUAAGCCAAAGAAGCAUGAGGACGCUUGAAGACUCCUCGGGGACAGUCUUGCACCGCCUCAUCCAGGAACAGCUGCGCUAUGGCAACCUGACAGAGACUCGGACGCUGCUGGCCAUCCAGCAGCAGGCCCUGCGGGGUGGAGCUGGAGCUGGAGCUGGAGCUGGGGGCACAGGGAGCCCCCAGGCUUCCCUGGAGAUCUUGGCACCUGAGGACAAUCAGGUGCUACAGCAGGCCACCAGGCAAGAGCCCCAAGGCCAAGAGCAUCAGGGUGGUGAGGCCCACCUGGCAGAGAACACCCUCUACAGGCUGUGUCCACAGCCCAGCAAGGGUGAGGAGCUGCCUACCUAUGAGGAGGCCAAAGCCCACUCGCAGUACUAUGCAGCCCAGCAGGCAGGGCCACGGCCACACAUCGCAGAACGGGAUCCCCGUGGGGGCCCAGGAGGCAGCCACCGGCAAGAUGAGGCCCUCCGAGAGCUGAGGCAUGGGCACGUGCGCUCGCUGAGUGAACGGCUCCUGCAGCUGUCCCUGGAGAGGAACGGUGCCCGAGUCCCCAACCACAUGAGCUCUUCUCAUAGCUUCCCACAGUUGGCUCGCAGUCAGCAGUGCCCUCCACCCCGGGGUCCUCCUGCUGAGGUCCCAGAGUCCCGUGGACCCCCACCCCAGUACCCACACGUUGUACUCCCUCAUGAGACUACUGCUGUCACCGACCCGAGGUACCGCACCCGCUGCAGCCCACACUUCCAGCGUGCUGAAGUCAGGAUCCUGCAGGCCCAGGUACCUCCUGUGUUCCUCCAGCAGCAGCAGCAGCAACAGCAGCAACAGCAGCAGUACCAGUACCUGCAGCAGCCCCAGGAGCACACUGCGCCCCCACACCCAGCUGUUCUCAGUCAUGGCCCUCUGGGAGUGGAGGGACCAGCAAGUGUCCAGGCCUUCUCUGCCACUGUGGGGAGUGCCGAGCUGACCCAGAUGGAGAUUGUGUUGAGAGACAAUGCCAGGCUGCAGAGGGACAAUGAGAGGCUGCAGAGGGAACUGGAGAGCUCAGCAGAAAAGGGGAGCCGCAUUGAAAAGCUGGAGAGUGAAAUCCAGCGGCUUUCUGAAGCCCACGAGAGCCUGACAAGAGCUUCUUCCAAGCGUGAGGCCCUGGAGAAGACCAUGCGGAACAAGAUGGACAGUGAAAUGAGGCGGUUGCAGGACUUCAACCGCGAUCUCAGAGAGAGAUUGGAAUCCGCAAAUCGACGCCUGGCAAGCAAGACACAGGAGGCCCAGGCAGGCAGUCAAGACAUGGUGGCCAAGUUGCUUGCUCAGAGCUAUGAACAGCAGCAGGAGCAGGAGAAGCUGGAGCGCGAGAUGGCCCUGCUGCGUGGUGCUAUUGAGGACCAGCGACGACGGGCUGAGCUGCUGGAGCAGGCGCUGGGCAAUGCACAGGGCCGCGCAGCACGAGCAGAGGAGGAGCUACGUAAGAAACAGGCCUACGUGGAGAAGGUGGAGCGGCUGCAGCAAGCACUUGGGCAGCUGCAGGCUGCUUGCGAGAAGCGAGAACAGCUGGAGCUACGUCUUCGCACACGCCUGGAGCAGGAACUAAAGGCCCUGCGUGCACAGCAGAGACAGGUGGGCACCCCCGGAGGUUGCAGCAGCCAUGGUGGGUCCCCAGAGCUCAGUGCCCUGCGACUAUCAGAACAACUUCGGGAGAAGGAGGAGCAGAUCCUGGCCCUGGAGGCUGACAUGACCAAGUGGGAGCAGAAAUACCUGGAGGAGCGUGCCAUGAGACAGUUCGCCAUGGAUGCAGCCGCCACAGCAGCUGCCCAGCGCGAUACCACUCUCCUCCGACACUCCCCGCAGCCCUCACCCAGCAGCAGCUUCAAUGAGGGACUACUCACCAGCGGACACAGGCAUCAGGAGAUGGAAAGCAGGCUAAAGGUGCUCCAUGCCCAGAUCCUGGAGAAGGACGCAGUGAUCAAGGUCCUUCAGCAGCGCUCCAGGAAGGACCCUGGCAAGGCUGCCCAGGGCUCCCUGCGACCAGCCAAGUCAGUGCCAUCCAUCUUCCCAGCUGCAGCAGCAGGGACCCACGGCUGGCAAGGACUCUCAUCAAGUGAGCCCCAAGCAGAUGCUUCUGCCCGGCUGGUGAUGGACAGGAUACCUGUGGAGGAGCCAGCGGCUGCAGCUCCCCUCCCUACCCACUCCAAACACGGAAGUAGAGAUGGGAGCACCCAGACCGAUGGCCCCGUGGAGAGCCCCUGUGCUUACCUGGCAUCAGAGUCCGACAGCCUUCCAGGAUGCAGCAGUGGCCAGAGGGCGGCCUCUCUGGACUCUAUAGCUACAUCCAGAGUCCAGGACUUGUCGGAUAUGGUGGAGAUACUGAUCUAAAGGCGAUGGUUCCUUGGGGACCCUGGAUUGUGCCUUCCCCUCCUCUGCCACUCGGCCAUUCCAGCAGCCCCUAGCUGCAGCUUCCCUACUUCCCCUAGUCUUGGACCAGCCAGUCCCAGGAGCGUGGGAAAGAGUGCUACAGGGAAGAGGGGAGCUGACAGAGGCCUGCGCCCCAGCAGAUUCCACUUAAGCUACAUUCCACCCGUGCCCAUGGAGAAUGUGGAUUCAUUCUUUACCUGCUGCUGGGAUAGCAACAGAAAGCUCAGAAGGUCUCUGAGCCCCCUCUGCCCUGCCAGUUGGCAUUUAGGCAACAAGGGAGAGGGGCUAUGUUGGCUUGGGGAGCCGAAUCCCAAGGAUGAUUGCCCAUGGGCACCAAGUGGGGUCCCCAGGCCAGCUGUGGUUUUUUUCCUCUGGCUGAGUUUGGUUCCAGCGAACCUCAUCUGCUCUUCAGCUCCUCACUGCCUUCUUGGGAACACAAGACUUGAAUCUUUUAGGGACUAUGAGGAGUGUGCAUCUUGGAGAAGCCACAGCUUCACUCAUUUGGAAUGGUUUGGGAGCCAUUCAAGUGAGCUGGGGGACAGUGUGUGGUUUGUAUAUAAUUCCUUGUCUUAUGGAACAGAAGAUGGCGGCAUCUUGGUUCAGGUUGGCCUUCAUGGGCUCUGCUCAUUGCCUCUGCUACUACAGUUUCCAAAACUUCUGACUGGCUUCCCGGUUAUUCCUCCUUCUCAAGUCCUUGGUCCAUGGAGUUGGAUGUAGGCUGAUCACAGGAUGUUUGUGUUGGUCUGUCAAGACCCUGUCGUAAAUGCCCAUAGGAUCUCCAGCCUUUUGAAACUUCUGUCCCUGAGAUGGAUUCCUGUCAGUUUGAUCAUAAACUCUGAGCCAGGUGAAAUGAGCCACCACACAGAGACAUCUGCCAUGCCCACCCGUCCACAUGGGUGGCCCUGCCCAGCGCCAGUUUUCUCUGAGGAAACUGGAGAAAUUGUCUUGUUCUCACAAAUGUCUUUGUUCCGACCUGGAGGGACUGGGAAAAGGAACACUGCUGUUGAAAACUAGUCAUUGAGCUACAAGAUGUAACUCAGCUUGUCCUCUGAGUGGAGUCUAUCACAAAAUAUCCCCUGUGAGGCUGGCUCCUCAAGCUACCCAUCCCCAGCCCUGAAGCUGGGCCUGACCCUUGGAACUGAGGUCACAGGAUCCCACCUGGCAGCCUACAGCAACAGUGGCUUUGACUUCCGGUCUUAAAGCCCCCCUAGUUAAGCCCCAGGAGCAAUUGGUGUGUAUUAGCAGUUUUGUCUUUACUGUUUAGUUUUUCUCAAAUCUUUGUUGUGUUUUUUUAUCACUGUUUUUAGAUUCAAUAUAUAUUGUUUUAUUCUCAUGGUUCCCUGAAUUUCCUUUUUAAACAUUUGCAUUUGCUGGACAAUUGCAUAUUUUUUUUAAUUCCCCCUACCUCUGUUUAAAGCUGAAAAAUACAUUUGGUUCAUGUGCAUUGUUUACAAAGCAAAAAGAAGGAAAAAAAAAGGCAAAAAAAUAUUGUGAAAGGUGAAAAAAAAAACAACUUAAUAUAUUUUGGAUUAAUAUUUGGUAUUUCCUUUAAAGUAUUUUUUUUUUUUUGUGCUGUGAACGUUUGCUGCCAAAGACCAUGAUGUGUGUCUAUAUGUUUAAGUUAUCAUAAAUAUUUAAAAUGUAAACAUGGCUGUUUUGUUAUGCCACCCUGUACCAGGAUUGCUGCUGCAUUCCACCAGGUAUAACCGUAUUUUAAUAAAAAAAAAGUUAUCAAGA